AUGGCCGAGUCCAAGAAACCCAUGGCCGAGCCCACAUACAGCCAAUUUGCCAGCAUCGGCGGCGGAUUCUCAGGCAUCGGCCUGGGCGCGACGCUCCAGCGCUGGUACGGCAUCACCGAUGUCCGCAUCUUCGAGCGCGACGAGUUCUACGGCGGGACCUGGUGGGCGAACAACUAUCCCGGAGCGGCCUGCGACAUCCCCUCGGCCCUCUACAGCCUCUCCUACGAGCCCAACGCCGACUGGAGCAAGCUGUGCCCGCCCCGCGACGAGCUGCUCCAGUACAUCAUCCGCGUCGUCAAGAAGUACAAGCUCGAGGACCGCAUCAGCCUCAACUCGCGCGUGGACCGCUGCGAGUGGCGGGAGGAGUCGCGCAGAUGGCGCCUCACCGUGCAUAACCUCAAGACGGGCGAGACGUCGCUCCAUGAGUGCCAGUUUCUCUUCACCUGCGCCGGCGGCCUCGUGACGUCCCAGGAGCUGGACAUCCCCGGCGCCGAGUCCUUCAAGGGCCCCGUCUUCCACACGGCGCGCUGGCGCAAGGACGUCGAUCUCACCGGCAAGAAGGUCAUCGUCAUCGGCAACGGCGCCACGGGCAACCAGCUGGUCCCGGCCAUCCUGCCCAAGACGAAGCAUCUGACCCAUCUCGUCCGCUCCCAGCACUGGAUCCUGCGGCCCAACGAUACUGCGUUGGACCCGCUGCUGCGUUUCUCUCUCAAGUACAUCCCGGGUGCCAUGAUCGCCCAGCGCCUGCUGGUCUUUCUCAUCGCUGAGGAGGGGUUCCGCGGAUUCUGCAUGAGCCGUGACGGGCAGUGGGCUCGCAAUCACCAGCGCAAGGGGGCCAUUAAAUAUCUGAAGGAGACGGCGCCGGAAAAGUAUCACGAUCUCUUGGUGCCAGACUACGAACCCAACUGCAAGAGACGAGUGUUUGACGCUGGAUACUUGAAGUGCUUGAACGAGGACAACAUCACAUUGACGACCGAGAAGCCCAUUGAGGUGGUUCCCGAGGGCAUUCGCACGGAGAAGGGUUUGAUAGAGGCUGAUGUCAUCGUGCUUGCGAAUGGAUUCAAGACAGGCGACCCAUUCAGCAACAUCGAGAUUGUCGGCAGUCAUGGGAAGACGAUCCAGGAGCAUUGGGCCAGCAACGGGGGACCGGGCGCGUACAACUGCACGUCCAUCAACGGAUUCCCCAACUUCUUCAUGAUUCUGGGGCCGAACACGCUCACCGGUCACAGCUCGGCACUGCUGGCGUCCGAGAACGCCAUCAACUACUCUCUGCGCCUCAUCAAACCCAUCUUGGACGGGGACGCUGCGACGGUAGAUGUGCGCAGGGAGGCCGAGGCGCGUUACAAACGCAAGAUCCAGGCCGCACUGCAAGAUACCGUGUGGCUGUCUGGCGGGUGCUCCAACUGGUACACCGGCACACUCAACGGAAAGAAAUACAACGCCGUCAGCUAUCCUUGGUGGCAACCGCAUUACUGGUACAGCUGCCUGUUCCCCAAAUGGAGCGAUUUUGAGUACACGGCAAUUGGGAAACCGAGACGCCGGCACUCGGCAUCGAGGGGCGCCAAGAUCAUUACGGCAGCUUUGGUUAUCGCCGGUUUGGCAUAUCAGGUGAAGCAGGGAAAGACGCCGACAAGUCUGCGAGAGCUGGUUGCCUUGUGCUGGGCAAAUCUCUUGGUUUCGCGUGACGUGAUUCUGGCUCACGUCCCCGCGCUCAAGGGGUGA